GAGAACCUCAUUCAUCAUUUUUUUUUUCGUUUUCCGCUGGAAGCAUACUAUUCAAAAAUGCCACCUCCUUCAGAUGCAUCUUCUAGUGGUGAAGUCAGAGUAGGCGUAUUCUACGACUUAAGCAGGAAAGAGCUGCUACUGCGCUUCGAUAGUAGUGCAUAUGCGCGUGCCUAUCAGCGUAAAAAUCCCGAAGCACGCAUCCUCGCCGACAAUAGAAAAGAAGUUUGGCUCCCACUAUGCGAUAGCAUGAGGACUCUCCGAAGCAGCGACACGUGCGGUAUGGUGAUCAUCUUCCGGUCGAAAGAGGAUCGCCGACUUUGGCUCGAUCGGUCGGUUCUAGGGACCGAUAUUAAUACCAGCGAUGGGGAGUAUGGGGUUCGAUUCAAGAGGAGCUGGUCUCGGAACGAGAUUGAAAGGGCCCUGGACUAUGCUGGUGCCUCAAGAGAUAGCUUGGGAGUUCCCCAAGACAAACACAAUCCUCAUUCGCGCCCUGGGUCAAGGAAUGGGCAGAAUACACCGCGUCAUCCGCAGUAUAGGCCUGUCGAGUCUCCACCAAGCAAUCCUCCUCCUCACUUUGAGCCUGUCCAGUCUCCUGGAAGCAAGCCUGCCUAUUUCCCAGUGGAUUCCAGACCUAGCGCACAUAAUAUAUGAGCGGAUGGAAGGUCCUCAACGUUAUGCGCCGUCCGUUGCAGUGUCCACACAGGACUACCCAUCAACUAGUUAAUUUGGUCAAUAAGAAUCGAAAUGCUAGGUGUUAUCGUCUUUACCAAUGAUCCAAAAUCUCAAUUCAAUAUAAAAUGAAUUCGUG